UCGUUCUCGUUAAGACCUUUUCCAGAUACAGAGCUCAAGUAGGUGAAUGUUGCUGAUACGGAGCUCUGGACACUGUUAGGUGUCGCUACAGUAGUGAGUUGAUAAAGAAAGUGACUGUGCUCUCUUACGAAGCUCACUUUAGCCACUUGAUUCCGCGGUGCUUUUUCUGCUGGGCGAAGAGCUGACUCCUACAAGUGCAUUUCCUAAAAAUAUGAUGACUCAGUCAGAUUUAGAUCUAAAAGAGAAGGCUUUGAAAGAGGAUUUGAAGUUUUACUUCAUGAACCCAUGUGAAAAAUACAGAGCAAGACGUCAGAUACCAUGGAAAUUGGCUUUGCAGAUCUUGAAGAUACUUAUGGUUACGACACAGCUUGUUUUUUUUGGUUUGAGUAACCAACUGGUGGUCUCAUUCAAAGAGGAAAACAUUGUUGCUUUUAAACAUCUAUUCCUGAAAGGCUAUUCUGGAACUGAUGAAGAUGACUACAGCUGCAGUAUAUAUACACAACAGGAUGCUUAUGAUAGCAUUUUUUAUGUUAUUAAUCAGUACAGGAACUUAAAGAAUAUAUCCUUGGGGACACUUGGUUAUGAACAUGAAGAAUCAGGUUUAAAAGUCUGUAAACAGCAGUACAAGAGAGGCAAAAUGCUUCCUUCCAAUGAUACACUGAACAUAGAUAUUUCUACUGAAACAGAGUGUAUCCUUUUAAAGCCAAAGGAGCUAACUGGUAGGAAGGCAGAACUGAAGCUGAACUCUUCUUUUUUCAAUCUUGAAUUUUACAGGCUCAUACAGGUUGAAAUCUCCUUCACGCUGAAAGGCAUUGCUCUGCAGACAAUCCAUGCCCGUGAAUUGCCUGACUGCUAUGCAUUUCAAAAUACUAUAACUUUCAAUAACAGAGCCCACAGUGGAAAAAUCAAGAUCUAUUUUGAUAGUGACACUGACAUUCAGGAGUGCAAAGACUGGCACAUAUUUAACUCAGUUCUUCAGAAGAACAUUCAGUAUAUCCUAGUCUUUGAUGGAUUUGUCAUCUUGAGUUGCUUGGCUUCUCUCAUCCUCUGCACACGCUCCAUCGUUCUUGCCUGGAGACUACAAAAGAGAUUUGUGAAUUUCUUCUUGGAGAAAUACAAGCGCCGUGUCUGCUAUGCUGAUCGCCUGGAGUUCCUAAAUGGGUGGUACGUCCUGGUAAUUAUCAGUGAUGUGAUGACAAUCAUUGGGUCAAUCCUGAAAAUGGAAAUAAAAGCUAAGAACCUCACAAGUUAUGAUGUCUGCAGCAUUUUACUUGGAACAUCAACUUUGUUUGUCUGGGUUGGAGUCAUCAGAUACCUGGGAUACUUUCAAACCUACAAUGUGCUCAUUUUGACUAUGCAGGCGUCGUUGCCGAAGGUGCUGAGGUUUUGUUGUUGUGCUGGGAUGAUCUAUCUUGGCUAUACUUUCUGUGGCUGGAUUGUCUUGGGGCCCUAUCAUGAGAAGUUUGAAGAUCUGAACACAGUGGCUGAAUGUCUGUUUUCUUUGGUCAAUGGUGACGAUAUGUUUGCAACAUUUGCUCAAAUCCAGCAGAAGAGUUCGCUGGUGUGGGUGUUCAGCCGAUUAUAUCUGUACUCCUUCAUCAGUCUGUUCAUAUACAUGAUCCUCAGCCUUUUUAUUGCACUCAUUACUGACUCCUAUGACACCAUAAAGAAAUACCAACAAAGUGGCUUUCCAGUAACAGAUUUGCAUGAAUUUCUAAAAGACCAUAGCAGUGCUGGCUACAGAAAAGACAGAACUUCUUUUCCAUUUCUCUGCUGCUGCAGGAGACAACAGAGUGAUGACAACUUGAUACUGAUCAAUUGAUGGCUGCACAUUGAAAUUCACUGAUGCAAAGAAAACAUAGUGGUAUGGAGGAGGAUAAUUCUCCAAAUUGCAGUGGGAUCUGCCUCAUGAACAGAGUCGUCUUAGCUAAUUAAGGUUUUGGGAGAAGGAAGCUAUUAAUGUGACAGCAGCUGGCUGACCAACAGGAGACCCAGAAGCUGUGUCUGGAGGAGAGCAGUGAAGAAUUCUGUAUCCUUGCCUCAAGUGCUGUCAUAUUAGAGAAGACUGGUCCUUGAGCAUUAUCUGUGGAAGCUCUGUUUGCUGAUGACCUUGAGGAGGAAGGAAAAUGGCCUUUAAUCAACUAUUGUUGUUAAUAAGAAAAAGAAUGAUAUGAAAAUAAAUUUUAAAAAAUGAUCCUAUGUUUAAAAGUAUUAAAUAAAAAGAAGUCAAGAGGGGAGGAGUUUUUCA